AUGUCGUUUGAACACAAUUCAUAUUACAGCUACGGCCAAACCAACCAGAACCUACUGUCUGGAAAAGCCUACAGCCAUAUUCCUCAGCAACAACAGCAGCAGCAGCAGCAGCAGCAAUCACCGAAUGUCCCAUCUCUGCAGCAAAUGAUGUACUCAAUUCCACCUCCGCUGUCACAACAGCACAUGGCUCCCUAUUAUCAACAGCAAUACCAACAAAUGCAAGCAGCACCGGCGCCAACAUCGACACUGGCACUGGCACUGGCACUGGCACAACAACAACAACAAGCAUUACCACCAGCACCUCAACAGCAGCAUUAUAACAAUAAUGGAUCACAGUACUUUGACCCUAAUAUGACUAGCAACUACAUAAUGGGUAUAUCUGCAACUCACAAUCUACAAUCAAAUCACUAUCAACAACCACAAUUUUCAUACUACAAUAUGAACCAACCCCUGUACAUGCAACAACUACCACAACCACAACCACAACCACAACUACAAUCAACAGCACAACCACUACCACCAGCAAUAGCUCCACCACCACAUCCUACAAGUGCACCCGCACCCGCACCCGCGCAGCAUGGAAAAUCCACAACACCUGAAAAUGGAAAGUCAAAAACACGCACUUCAAAACGUAAGCAACUGCAACUGCAACUGCAACUGCAACUGCGCCUGCGCCUGCGCCUGCAACUGCAACUGCGCUCGCAACAACAGCAGCUGCCUCUGUUGUCACAACAGGGUCGUCGCCAAGACUCUGUAGAGGUUGCAUCUACAAUGCAGUCUCAUAGCUUGGUGAUUUUCCCCAAUUUCCCCGAAAGGUUGCAAAAAGUACUCCCGCCACCCCCCUUGUCAAAAGCCCCUAUACGGCCAGAUAUUACUGUAAGCACAACUGCUAAAAGGGCUAAACGCAAGUCUAAAUUCAGUCAGGAACAAGACGACUUGAUUGUGACUUUGAAGAAAAAGGGUAAGAAUUGGGUUGAAAUUGCCGAAAUAUUAGGUGUAGGGUCUUACUUAGCAGCAAGAAAUAGGUACCAAGUUAUUGUUGGGCAACAAGGAAAUAACAACUCGAGCGCCUGGGAUAACACAGACAAACUAUUUCUCAAAAAUUUGUUGGAUGCAGCAGAAUUUGAAAAAUGGAGAUAUAUUACUGCUGAAUUGAACAAAUCUACGGGAAAAGUGUUUACUGAUUACGAGUGCAGAGAAGUUAUUCGUGAACUAUUCUGGCAGGACCCAUCCAGCUUUGGAGUCAGCGAAGAUACAAUUAAGGAGAGCAUCAAGGAAAAGAAACAAACAGACAAGAUUAUUGAGCAACGAGAACAACAACGAAAGAAGAAAGCUAGCAUUCUUGAAGGGAGAUAUGAAGCGUACCCAAGUUCAAACUCGACAUCUUCCACUAGCUCUGCAAGCCAGCAAUUGGCACAGCCACAUUUGCAACCACAACAAUCACCACCAGCACUAGCACUGGCACCAUUACAACCACAACAAACAUCCCAGAACCAGCACCAGCACCAGCACCACCAACAACAACACCAACACCAGCACCAACACCAACAACAAAUGGGCGUUUUUCAACCUAGACUUUCCCAACUCCCAUAA